AUGGCCAGAGAUUCCACCAAGAAGAGCAGGUGCUCCAGACGACGCCAAAGCCCAGCCUCCAGAAAGAAAUCACACGCCAGCACCUACCGUGGCCACAGAAAUUACUCACUCUACAUAAACAGGGUCCUAAAGGAAGUGGUUCCCCAGAGGGGCAUAUCGGCUCGCACCUUGGACACCAUGAACAUCUUGAUCAACAACAUCUUCGAGCGCAUUUCUACGGAAGCCUGCAGCAUGAUGUAUUUCAGAAAUCGGUGUACCCUCACCCCUCAAGAUGUCCAGAAGGCAGUGUACUCGCUGUUUCCUGGGAAACUAGCUAAGUAUGCAGUGGCUUUUGGAAGUGAAGCUGUCCAGAGAUAUCUUCACUCCUAA